UGUGAAGAGGGACGGAAAACCUAGGUGAUGCAACUUCCAAUGAGACAAUAUUGGCGGAAAAAAAACCCAUAUAUGUACAUCAUAGUUCAGCCAAAGGACGAGAGCUCACCUCCACGCAUAGAAAAGUUUCUGGAUUAGGGCAGAAUUAACACAAAGCAGCGACGCCACUCCAGCUACACUCGCAAAACAACGCAGAAGAGGCAAGAGGGGGGACCCAAGACAGAGAGAGAGACCGACACGACGGGGUGAAGACACUCGAGGCAAACCUCAGCCACCUCCGAAAACUUCAAACUGCGAUAGCGAGAGGCGGACGAGUCCAUCUCAGAGAGAGAGGGAGACAGAGAGAGAGAGAGGCAGCAGAGAGGCAGGGGAUCUUUGCAGACAAGGUCCUGAAGGAUGGAAGAGAAGCAGUUUGCCGGGAUUCUGAACGGAGCAGUUCCAGGCGAGUCAGUGAAGAAGGAUGAAAACUCCCGGAGAGGGAACUGGGGCAACCAGAUUGAGUUUGUCCUCACCAGCGUGGGCUAUGCUGUGGGCCUGGGCAAUGUCUGGAGGUUUCCCUACCUCUGCUACAGAAAUGGAGGAGGUGCCUUCAUGUUACCAUACUUCAUCAUGUUGGUCUUCUGCGGCAUUCCUCUCUUUUUCCUUGAGCUGUCCUUCGGUCAGUUCGCCAGCCUUGGAUGUCUGGGAGUCUGGAAGAUCAGCCCAAUGUUCAAAGGUGUGGGCUAUGGCAUGAUGGUGGUGUCCACCUACAUUGGGAUCUAUUACAACGUGGUCAUUUGCAUUGCCUUUUACUACUUCUUCCUGUCCAUGACAAACCUGCUGCCAUGGACCUACUGCAACAACCCCUGGAACACGCCAGACUGCAGCGGGGUGGUGAGCAGUGGCAACCAGUUCAACGCCAGCCUGGCUAACGCCACCACCAGGCUGGUGGCAGGGGUGUCUGAAGUCGUCAACCGCACCAAGAGGACCAGCCCCAGUGAGGAGUACUGGAAACACUAUGUUUUGAACAUCUCUGAUGAUAUUGGGAACUUUGGAGAGGUCCGUCUCCCCAUCCUGGGCUGCCUGGCAGUGUCCUGGUGUGUCGUCUUUCUCUGUCUCAUCAGGGGUGUUAAAUCCUCUGGAAAGGUGGUGUACUUCACAGCCACAUUCCCCUAUGUGGUUCUGACCAUCCUGUUCAUCCGUGGUAUCACUCUGGAUGGAGCCAUCAACGGCAUCAAGUACUACCUGACUCCACAGUGGCAGAAGGUCCUUGAUGCAAAGGUGUGGGGAGAUGCCGCCUCACAGAUUUUCUACUCCCUUGGGUGUGCCUGGGGUGGUCUUAUUACCAUGGCUUCCUACAACAAGUUCCAUAACAACUGUUUCAGAGACAGCAUCAUCAUCAGUAUAACCAACUGUGCGACAAGUGUGUACGCCGGCUUUGUCAUCUUCUCCAUCCUGGGCUUCAUGGCACACCACUUGAACGUCCCUGUGUCCGAGGUGGCCGACCACGGCCCGGGGCUGGCCUUCGUGGCCUACCCAGAAGCCCUCACUCUGCUUCCCAUCUCACCACUCUGGUCACUGCUCUUCUUCUUCAUGCUCAUCCUUCUGGGACUGGGGACUCAGUUCUGUCUGCUGGAGACCCUGGUGACGGCCAUAGUCGAUGAGAUCGGUACAGACUGGAUCAUUAGAAACAAGACUAUAGUCACACUGUCAGUGGCCGUAGCUGGAUUCCUGCUGGGAGUGCCACUAACAACACAGGCAGGAAUCUAUUGGCUGUUACUGAUGGACAACUACGCUGCUAGUUUCUCUUUGGUCAUCAUCUCCUGCAUCAUGUGCAUCUGCAUCAUGUACAUUUAUGGUCACAGGAACUACUUCAAAGAUGUUGAGAUGAUGCUGGGAUUCCCUCCUCCUCUCUUCUUCAAAGUCUGCUGGAGAUUCAUCUCCCCUGUCAUUAUCUCUUUCAUCCUGAUCUUCACAGUGAUUCAGUACAAGCCUAUCACCUACAAUGACUACGUGUAUCCCGGCUGGUCUCUGGCUAUUGGCUUUGCCAUGGCUCUGUCCUCUGUGGUCUGCAUACCCAUCUACGCCCUCUACAAGAUCUCAAGGUCCCCAGGAGCCACCUUCAGAGAGCGGUUGAAGUAUGCAUGCCGAUCACAUCCAAAGUGGGGCCCUGCCCUGCAGGAGCACCGGACAGGCCGCUACGCCCCCAUGGCCUCCUCCGAAGACACUGUGGAGGCUCGUCCCCUCAAGGAGAAAGAGGAGCUGAAGGAGGAGCUGAAGGAGGAGGAGAAGGAGAAGGAGAAGGAGAAGGAGAGGAAGGAUGAGAUCAGCCUCACCAUCCAGGGAAGCAACGGCUCCACCAACACACACAACAACCCCAACCCCAGCGCAUAGACAGCACCCCGGGUCUGUCAGCGCUACAGGGCACGGCCGCCCCCCGUUGCCCCACCAUCUCCUCCUUCUCUUCCUCCCUUUUUCCUCCCUUCUCCUCCAUCCUCACCCCACUUUCCCACAGUCCUCUGUGGGGGAGAUCCCAUUCGCUGGAGACCUUUACAUAUUGUAAGGGCUUAUUAUAUCUAUCCUAACCUCUUCUAUCUAUCUGUGUGUUGUCUCUAGAUAAAAAAAAGAAAAGAAAGGAAGAAAAAAUUGGGUCAUCAUCCAAAAGAUUUGCGUGUAUGUUAUUUUGUGUGUGUGUGUGUGUGUGUGUGUGUGUGUGUGUGUGUGUGUGUGUGUGUGUGUGUGUGCGCGCGUGCAUGUGCGCGAGUUGUUAAUUUGUUCAACAUAAUUUAAUAAUGCAGUUUGUUUUUCCUUUCAUUUUUUGUAAGACUUGUAUAUGUCAUCUUCAUAUGCAGUUAGAGGUACAGUAGAUUGUGAAGCUGCAUGUAUUUGUUUUGUGCAUGCAGCAACAUAGAGACACACACUGUUCUCCUUUAUUCUGUUAGCUGGGUCUGUUUGGCAUUGGCGACUGUCUAGCGGCAGUGAUUUGACAGCUGGAGACUUGUUGUGGUGCUGUAAUAUAGAGAAGGAGGGAGAACUGUGCCAGUACUGGCCAUUUACAGUUUGAUGAUGCUGAAAGAUGAAAAAAUAGUCUCAAUUCCAUGGCCAGUAAAAAAAGGCGGAUACACUCAUUCACACUCAUACACUCACACUAUUGUACAUUUUACAGCACACAGUGACCUCAACCAUAGUUGAUCUCAGCUUAAGACUAAGCCUGUUGUUUUUUAUGCUGCUUCUUCUCUCAAAAUAAGUUCUACAGAGCACAAAUAUUUAACACCCGAGAUGGCAACUGACACAACUGAUUUUUCUGUGGAAAUUUCCUCCAUUUGUAACUUUUUUUUCCACUAAAGCUGCUUAAACUUUGAGAACUCAGCAGAGAAACAUCAGUGAACUUUAGCUGUACUGUAACUCUCUGCCUCCGCAUUCACUCUCACACACACACACAAACACACACACACACACAUGCACACACACACAAAGCAUAUUUGUUCCCAGUUUUUUGACAGUAGAGUUCCCAUGGCCAUUUCUCAGGGUCCUAGCGAAGUUACACUCUGUGGUUUGUCGUCGUUCCUUGCCUAAGGUGGCCCAUUAAGAUUAUAGCGACUGAAAACCACCUCGCUGUCAAAAAAACAACUACACAUACACACAAAACAGGUGGAUGCAACUCCAAAUAUAGAAGUGCCAUCUCUUCUUAAGUCUUCCAGGCAUUCUUUUUUGAGUGAAAUGCAUCUUGGGAUGUGGUCUGGGACGGAGGAUCCGGGCUUUAGAAGGUAGCCAGUGAAAGCAUAAUAGGUGCGUCUGAGAGUGUGUCUCCUGUGGGUCGUAGCAAUCUGCCCCAUUCAGGCAUGUUACCAAAAACAUUACCUAAGUUACCUGAGUCCCGCACAUGUUUUUGGUAACAUAUAUACAUAUAUAUAUAUCUAUAUAUAUGUAUAGAUAUAUAUAACUCAGAGACUGAUCUGGUGUCAGUCUCUUACAGUCAGUGGAACCUUUAAUGUAUUUACAGACACUUGUUUUAAAGCUCUGAGCCAAGCUGUGCUGUUAAUGAUGGAGAGACAGAGCAGUUGAUGCAGCUUGGUUCCAGAAGGAAAAUAGAAUAAAGAUCUUAAAUGAAUCAUGUAGUUUUAAAUGUAGCUGUAUAGUAUUGUUCUCUCAGUAGGAGUCUCCUUUUUACCUCUCAUUAUUGUAAAGUAACUUAGUAAAUAAUUAUAAAGACAGCAUAUGUUUAUUUUGUACAAAAAAUAAAAACUACAGAAUCAUAAUUAACCAUGUUUACCAUUCCUCAUCUAUGACUUGAUUUGUUGUUGUUUAGUUGGAGGGACGCUGAUAGGAUAGAGAGGGUCUCUUUAGCAUGCAGAGUGUCUGGUUGGAAAGCAUCCAGGACAAUAUUGCACCAGAGUGAUGGCAGAGGGGUAUGGUAUAAAGACAGAUUAAAUACAUGAAUUGUUUUUCUCAUCUAGACAGCUGUGUGAAGAUUUGAUCUGCACCACGUGUUCCGUUAUAUUUUCAUCCUAAGAUGUUUUGUUGGACACCUGCUCAGGUGGUAGUGAGAUGCUUUUAGCUUCACAGGCAGGGAGGGUUUCUUGGGAUUGGAUUGUAUCAGGUCUGGUUUUGUUUCCUCAGACUGUACUGUUGAUUUUUCACAGUUUGUGAGCUAUGCGACAUGUCAUCAAAAUCAAGUUUGAAUAACUAGAGGGCUAUAAUACCAGUAUGAGCAUGGAACAUAUUCACAUAAUAUACAUAACUGUAUAUUGUAUUCAGUAUGUUUAUAUGUCAGGAGACUUAAAGGAAUACUCCAACAUUUACAAGAAUUUGCUUAUUUGCAUUCUUUUUGAGAGUUAAUGAGAGUAUUGAUUCCACUCUCAUGUCUGUAUGCUAAAUAUGUAGCUGGAGCCAGUCGCUGGUUUAGCUUAGCAUAAAGAUUGGAAAUCUUUGCCUUUCUCUGUCCAGAGGUAACAAAAUCCACCUCUAAAGCUCAGUUAACAUGUUAUAUCUUCACACCACCACCCUCAAGUAGUCUCUUUGUGCAUCAGUACAUUUUGAAUGUUCCCUGUUUUAAUUUAACAUGAAUAAUUAAACAUUUUCAAUCCUUUGUGAGCAACCAUUUUGUCAGGAUGGAGCACCCAGUUGCCGGUGCACCUCAGUUCAGGUCAUUUGUGCCAAGCGUCUUCCCUCAGAAGUCUCAGAAUGGUGCAGUAGAGCUUGGUGUUGACGGUCUGAACCUGGGGGACGAAUUCAUAGUUAAUAACUGCGUGAAUGUCAAAAAAAACAAUGAGCAUGCCUUGAAUUGCCUUCUUUGGUCUUGAAAACUGCAGGCCCUUCUGGUGCAAGGACUGCUGUUUAGUCUCUGGGUCAUAGCUGUAAACCCAAUUCUCAUCUCCAGUGAUGAUCCUUGAUAUGAAGGUUGAGUCAUCUGAGACCUUUUAACGGAGAUCCAUGUAAACCUUAACAUGAUGCUGCCUCUGCUCCAUGGUGAAAUCACAAAUGUGCACCUGCAAGUUAUUGCUCCAACCUGCUACAUGUGCAUUACUGUGCCACGCUCAGUUUGCUCACAACAGGAACAGUCUCAGAACUUUUUGAUUUCACUGUAAUUAGUGAGCUUUAGGUUUUGGACAGAGCCAGGCUAGCUGUUUCUAGUCUUUAUGCUAAACUAAGCUAACCAACUGCAGCUUUGUAUUUAGUAGACAGGCAUGAGAGUGGUAUUGAACUUCUUAUCUAACUCCUGGUGAGAAAUACAUUUCCCAAAAUGGUGAACUAUUCUUUUAAGAAUUUAUACUUUUUAGCAGUAUUUAAGCACAACUUCAGGCAUAAUCCACACAUUCUUUCUUUUCCUUCACCACUAUUGUCCACCUCUAUUCAUGUCUUUUUGAAGUGGAUGGUAAUUUUGUUAAACAUUACAGUGUAGUUGCUCCAAUAAUCCACAAGAUGGGGUGAUGCUGACACUCAGGGUAGUAAAGGCACAACAGAGGUGAAAAUAUGAACUAUGUGCAAAAAGCCCAACAGACACAACAUUUCCUCUGGCUGAGAGGAUUAAAGAAGGAACCUACAAAGAUAAAGACGCACAUAACCACAAACAUAUUGAAGUUGAUAAUGAUAAGCACAGUGGGCAUUCUGAAACAAGCACACAUCUCUACCCAGGUUUUUAUCAGGCUUUUGUACAGGAAGGCUUUCAAAUUAUAGAAACAUACAGUGGCUUUUCCCAUAGAUCGAGAACUGUAGCUUUGGUCUGUAGUUAGAAUUCUGUUUUGACAGUCUGGUUUUGGUUCAUUUGCUAACUAUUCACACCACACAUCACCUAUUUUAUAAUAGUGUUUAUUUUUAAUAUUACUGUGAAACCAGGUGCUCUAUGAAACAAUACAUUAUCAUCAUCUUCUAAUCUAAAUAUAUUGUGUUGCUUCUUCUGAAAGUGGCAUUAAAUUCCAAGUUACACUCUUGAAAUGAGGUUUUAUUUGCUGAAAAAGGUGAACAUGAACUUAGAAUUCUCAGUGUAUAUUGGGACAGCUUGUAGCUCAGACUAUUUCCUGUUUGUGAUUGCCUGUCUUGUGUGGUCAUGCCGUAGUAACUGAAGCUUAGCCGCCACGUUACCAUGCUAUUUCUCUAUAUAUAUCCCAGCCCUCUUCAUCUCCUCUGGCCCCACAACUCCUCCUCUGUUUGUACAGUAAUGUAAAAAAAAAUAUAAUCAGACUGUGUGUACGUAUGUGUUUAUCUUUGCUUUUAUUUUGGGGGAUGGGUUUGUGUGUUUUUGCGGGUUUAGGGAGGGCGGGUAUUGUUUCAUUUUGUUUUUGAUUUGUCAUUUUUCUUGUAGUGUAAUGUAGACAAUGUCAGGUGUAUUGUGUACUCUGUGUGUAGUGGAUUAGCUCUUACUGCUGAGCCUGCGUGUAGAGCAGGUGUAGUAUCAGUAUCAAUGUCAGUGUACCUCUAAUCUAUCAGAACUAGCCAUGUCCUACUCUGCUAAUAAACAGUCUAUCUUUUAAGAAAAAAAACAUUUUGUACUAAAAGAAGAGAAAGAAAACUACAUAUUUUAUCUUCAGAUCUUAAUCAUUGUUUAUCUGUGUUCAAUUACACUACUUUUUUGUUUGUUCUUGAAGUUAUAUUCAUAGAAAAAUCAAGAUGAAGCCAGCUGAUAUUAAAAACAUUGCCAAACAAAAAGCUUUGGAUCGAAACUUGAACUACAAAAGAAUGGUUCGUUUUUACUAUGAGCUCUGGUGUAGACUGUGACUGCAGCUACAUAAUGAUGCUUUUAAAGAGAACAGUAUUACAUAUACUAAGUAUUUAACACAAUGCAGUGCAAACAGUUGUACAUGGCUGGUUUAUCUUGAAUAUUCUGUGGCCCUUACACUGAACAGUUUGGCUUUCUCUGUCUAGUUAUUAGAAAAUGAAAUCAAAACACCAAAAUUAUUGUGCAGCCAAGACUGAAUCAACAUCAGGACCCAUCAAGUCACUUUUUCAUUCUUUUGCAGCUCUGAUCUAUAAUAUUGGUACAUAUUAUUGUUUUAUGUUACAUUAUGUUACAUUUCAGCCCAUUAAAUGACAUAUAUGUAUCAGGCAAGGGUCCUAUUACUAUUUUAAAUUGAUUUAUUGGAAAAGUGAGUGAGUAAAGUGAAAGUGAUUACUGUAUCCAGCUUCAAAAGAAUAAGGCCUGACCUAUUUGACCCUCCAGGAAGGCUAAAUGAAGCAUCUGAGAAUGGCUCAGUUAAUAACUGACCCAUGUCUUCAAAUUGUUUACUAUGGCUGUACACUGAGGUGGCUGUACAGAAAGUCACUGAUGUUGAGGACUGUCAACUACAUGGUUUGGACCAUUUUUCGCACAAAUUCACAGCACAUCUGCUCCACUGUACUAAAAAUAAACAAAACUGUGAUUUUACCUUCUUUCUGUGGUUCUCUGUAAAUUACAGAACAUUACCUCUUGAAUUUCUUACUACUGCUCAUAUAAGCAUAAUCUCAUGUUUCAGCACUUUAAAGAAAUCAUUAGUUUUUUUAUAAGCAACAAGAAAAAGAAAUGUGUAAAAUUAGAAUAAUAAUUUGCAUUUUCAUUUUGUGGGGAAAAAAAGAGAGUACAGUAAAUGUCUUUUUCAGUGGUCUGGCUGAAAGAAACUCAGUGUCAGUGGAUAAAAUGCUGUGUUGUUGCUAUGCCAAUGUAAAUUGUUUCAUGGGAGGAGUGGAGAAGAAAAGCACAAGUGAGAAAUGAGAACACAGUUCUUCUGGUACCUUCUAUCAUAUCUAUCUGUCUAUCUAUCUAACCAUGUCUGUUCUUCUUCUUCAACCUUUAGGGCCAAAAUCCAUUGAAAUGUCUUAGUCCUGUCAGCUGUAUAUCGUAAACUGUUGAAUUACAAAAUGGUAAAUAAAAUCUAUUUUAAAGAUCA